CUCUGGCUCCGGGCACACAGCUAGUGCUGCGAGGUAGUUCUGGCGGCCUCCCAGUAUUCACACCGGACCCUAGGUUUCUUAGGUCCGCAGACCUGGUCUCUUGUCGGGCCGCAGGGCUCCGGCUCUGAGGAGAAUGGAUCCCGCUUUGGAUACCUGGGACUUCUCCUCACCUUUAAUAUCGUUAUGGAUAAACAGGUUUUACAUAUACUUGGGCUUUGCCUUUGGUUUUAGCCUUUGGAUUUGUUUCCAGAUUGUCAUCAGGAAGCAGAACAAGAACUCACAGGAGAAAACCGCUCCAAAAGCAUCUCAGGAUUUGAUGACGAAUGGCUAUAUCUUUCGUCCAAAGAAGGAAGUCUUUGUGUCUGGAGUGAAGAUAUUUUAUGGUUCUCAGACUGGCACAGCAAAGGGAUUUGCGACAAUUCUGGCCGAAGCACUUAGCUCCCUCGAUCUGCCUGUGGCAAUGAUUAAUCUGAAGGACUAUGACCCAGAUGACUGUCUCGUAGAAGAGGUUACUAGUAAAAAUGUUUGUGCCUUCCUGGUUGCCACCUACACUGAUGGUCAACCGCCUGAGAGCGCCGAGUGGUUCUGCAAGUGGCUGGAGGAAGCAGCCAACGACUUUCGAUUUGGCAAAACGUACCUGAAGGGGAUGAGAUACGCGGUGUUUGGCCUGGGAAAUUCUGUGUAUGUGAGCCACUUCAACAAGGUGGGGAAGAAUGUGGACAAGUGGCUCUGGAUGCUCGGUGCUCAUCGCGUGAUGACCCGAGGGGAAGGCGAUGGCAACGUGGUGAAAAGCAAGCACGGCAGCAUUGAGGCCGACUUCACAGCUUGGAAGGCCAAGUUCAUCUCCCGGCUGCAGGCACUCUGCAAAGGAGAGAGAAAGCGCUGCAGGGGCAACUGCAAGAAAGGCAAGUGCGAGUCUAAUCAGCGCGGCUCAGAGGCGGCGGAGCCAGGGUCCCACGCACAGGAGGAAUUGCAUCACGGAGACGCCGAGGAGGAAGAGCCCUUUGGGAGCACCAGUGAGGAAGAGUCCGAUACUGAGGACCAUCAGAGUCAGAAUUCUGUCAUUGAUGUUGAAGACCUCGGCAAGAUUAUGGAUCAUGUGAAGAAAGAAAAGAGAGAAAAGGAGCCGCAGGAAGGGGAAACGAGUGUGAUCAGGAGCACAGUGAAGAGUGAAGCCAGUGAAAGAAGAGCUAUGAUCACUCCUGCUCUCCGAGAAGCUCUUACUAAACAAGGUUAUCAGUUGAUUGGGAGCCACUCUGGGGUGAAGCUUUGCAGAUGGACAA